AGCAGACUCAUUACAGGUGGAAACAUGAUGCAGAUCGGUGAAGUCUUUCUCAAAAGAGUACAGGUUAAUCUUGUCAUGAGUGGGUGCCAUAAUUGUGGAGGUCCUUGACUGUCUUGGGAGUUGGGCCUGCGGGGUUGCAGUGCCAAGUCGAGUGGCAGUGCAUCUGCUGCUGCUGUGAAUUACAGAAAAACUGAGCAACUUGGACAUUUCCGCACCCUGGGUGGUCUCCCAAAUCAAAGUAGAACCACUUUCUCUCAAGACAUAUUCACCCCGAAAGCUUCAUAUCUAGCACAGUGCCAACCUUCAUCGUCCGCUAUCUCCAUAGUUUACUUUCGAAGUACCAUUCGGGUGGAUGACACAGUCAAAGGGAGGAGAGUCGAGGAAUCUUCCAAGGAAACAAACAUUUUAAGAACACGUUAGACCUGAGAGGAUGUGGAAGACGAGUGCUGGCCCAUCGGCUAAUCGGCUGGGAUGUCUCAUCAUCUUUAUCCUCAUCACCUUUGCCUAUGUCAUCCAGACCGAACUCACUCAAGCCGUCCAACGAACCUAUCAGAAACCAUACUUCCUACUCUUCCUCACUCACUCAGGUUAUAUCGCCAUCCUGCCCCUCCAUCUACUCAUCCUCAAAAUACUCCAACCCAACAUCAGAUUCUCUCAAAGAUUCGCCCAACUCAAAAGACUCGUCCUUCUCCAGUACAACUUCCAACGCCAGCAUGAGACCAAGCGAUUUUCAAACUCCGAUCUCCAACCGUUACUCAAUCUACCAACCCCACCCAAACAAGACUUCCCGCUGGCCUGGUUCAUCAAACGCUCAAUCCAACUCACCCUCUUCCUCGCCCUACCUGCCAUGUGCUGGUACGGCGCUGUGCCCUUCGCAGACAUGACCUCGAUCACCUCGAUCUUCAAUACCAACGCCGCCUUCACCUACCUCUUUGCCGUCUGCUUCAUCGACUCUGAGCGUUUCGAGACCCGCAAGACGAUCGGCGUCCUGAGCUCUCUCUUCGGUGCACUCAUGAUCAGCUGGACUGAACGCCCCUCACCAUCAUCCACCAUACCGUCUCCCGACGACCACAAGGGCCAGAAAGACCCUUACCAGCUCCGGCUGCUUGGGAUCUCACUCGCCCUCCUAGGUAGUAUCGGCUACGCACUCUACGAAGUCUGGUAUAAGAGCGUCAUCGCUUGGUCGGACUCAUACACGAGUCCCUUGUUAUCUCCCAAGUCCGGAUUAUCCGAACUAGCACCCGAGCAGCAGCGGAGUAGUGAGCAAGACGCCGAGCUCGCCGAUCCCGAGUAUCUAGCAUCCUCGUUGGCCUCGCCCGGAUCAGAUGAAGAGGAAGAGGGGAUCAAGCGUGGGCUGGAGGCGGAUCGGAUGCCCAUCGACUCGCAGCUCAGCCUUCACAAUCAGGACAGUCUGCUUCAUGCAAACCUCAUGACAACCAUGGUCGGCCUCGCCACACUCUGUCUACUGUGGGUGCCCAUACCCCUCCUCCACUGGUCUGGCAUCGAGCGCUUCGAAACCGUCCAAGACCCAACGAUCGCUUGGAUGAUCUUGGGCAUCAUCAUUAUGGGCGUCCUCUUUAAUGCUGGCUUCAUGAUCCUGAUAGGUCUUUGGGGUCCAGUGAUUGCAUCCGUUGGUAAUUUGUGCACUUUGGUUCUGAUCGCCAUCGUCGAUCACACUCUCAUCGGUGCGAUCAACUCCCCUGAUCCCGAUCGAACCCCGCCUCCCUUUGGUAUCCUUAGCCUCGUCGGCUGCGCUUCCAUCCUCCUCGGAUUCUCCAUCCUCAACUUUUAGAACUCAUCCUCCCCCCAUCCCCAUCAUCCUUGAUCUUUUCGUGUUUUUUCGAUUCUUUUCUGUACUUUUAUUUUCUUCUAUACUACCAGAUUGGGAACACGCAUAUAAUGUCAUUGAUCAUCAGCAGCAGCAGCAUCCUCACUAGCAUCAUCAUCACAUCCAUCACAUCCAUCGCCAAGCCCAUCAUCAUCAUUGUCAAUCAAAUGAUUCAAGUUGUAACAUUAGUAAAUACACUCCUUGUUUACUUUACAAAAGUGUGAAUCAUAUCUAUUCAACUUCAACCUUCUUUCUAGCAUUAGUGAUUUUUUUGUUUGAGGUUCACAUGACUGGUCUGGAAGAUGUGUAUUUAUGUGAGCUUGGGAUCUUAAACAUACACCGCAGUUUUGUUUGUUCCGUCAGCCCACGCGUCUCAAUAGUCGACAUCCUCGGCCCGGCCAAACCACCAAAAAAUAUAUCUGUGAUACCAAUUACAUCGCAGUUCCGCAUGUUUCGGUAACCCUCGGGUCUCACUCGUCAUCCCCGGCCCAGCUAAACGGCUAAAAGAUAUAUCAAUGAUACCAA